AUGGAUAAGUCGGAAGGAAAAGAUUUAUCACAUGGUAGAAAGGGAACCAAUUUAGGAGAAACGAGUUCAAUUACAACAAAUAAAUCUGGGAAUCAGCAGGAAAGGACCGGUAACAGGGAUCAGAUAAACGUUUCAAAGGGGACCCUAAACAGCUAUAAAAAACUGCCAUUUGGUACAGAGAAGGAAUUGAAUGCUGAUUCUAAGGCUGCACAGAGCAGAACAGCAGGGAGACACGGAAGAACAAACGAUAAGUUGACCAACUCGUACCUGGGAACGAAGAUACAGCCAGCAUGGGAGACCAGGACGUUCAACAUAAACCCAGUCACCAGCGAUGACCUGUCGCGCUUUCUGAGAAACGAACAGCACACGCAGCGCUGGUCAAUAAUCAGCCAGCUGUUUUACAUCCUGUUCUACAACGUACGGAGGUUCCCUUUCCUUUGGGGCAUAUUUAUAUUCCUCUGCGAAGUCCUGGUGCCAAUCUGGUUGCCGAGGGGGAUACCGAAAAAGGCGUGGUAUUCGACGGCAGUGCCGCUGUUUGUCUGCCUGUUCAUGUCGGUGUUCUUGAACCUGCUGGAGUUCAAAAAGAGGUAUAACUUGGGACGCUUCAUAGACAACAAGCGAUGUAUAUUAUUGAAGGACGGAAAACUGUCCACAGUGAGAAGCGGGAACGUAGUAGUGGGAAACAUUCUGAAGCUUAACUGCGACGACCAGAUACCUGCGGAUGCAGUGGUCCUGUACAGUAGUAACCCGGACGGCGCGUUGUACCUGGACACGUGCUUCCUGGACGGCCAGACGGACCUGAAGACAAAGUAUAGCGUAAAGGAUUCGAAAAUGGAAUCCUCCUUGCGCAGUUAUCACAAUUUAAAGGGAAACAUAGUGUGCGAUAAGCCGUGCGCAGACAUGAAUAAGUUUUCAGGACUCCUGAAAAUCAAGGGGUACCCGCGGCCCAGCGUCAUCAACAUUGACAACUUUAUCAUGAGAGGAUCGAUACUCAGAAACACAAGUCACAUUUACGCAGUGGUGGUUUACACGGGGCCGGACACGAAGGCCAGUCAAAACUUCCUGAGAAUACUAAAGCCUAUAAAAAUCGGUUGUUUGGAACACACGAUCAACAAAAUUUCAAUCAUUCUGGGCCUCAUAUACCUGCUGUGCGCAGUGUCGAGCAUAACAGUGAGGUACAUCAACGUGCUGAGAGGGAUAGGGAAGUUCAACAGGAACGUCGUUAGUUCAGUGGACUCGCUGGUCUUCAUAAUAUACAGAUUCGUGAUACUCUACGCGCCGAUCAUACCGACGACGCUGCCAGCAGUGAUGGAUCUGCUGCGGCUGCUCUACCUGCCCUUUUACGACUCAUACAUGUCACUGGAGGCUAAGAAGAACCUGGUCAAAAAGGACCGCAACAACAACGGAACGUGGACGCUCAACAGCGGCCUGUGCGAGGAGUUGGGUCUGGUGGACUUCAUAUUCACGGAUAAAACGGGCACGCUGACGACAAAUAACCUUAACAUAACGCUGGUGACAAUCUCUAACAAGUCGUACACGCCGAAGCAGCUGGUGCAGAUGUACCGAUCAAGCAGCCUGGCGGACUCCAACAACCUGACGAGCACGCACCCGAUAGACGCAGUGCGCACAGGAAGUUACAAACACGAAAGCGAGGACGGCGACACUGAGAUCAAUUUCGUCAGGGAGCACUUCAUGCGAAUGCUCUGCAUAUGUAACCCGUGUCUAAACGUGCACGACGGAGAUAGCACUAACACGCUCUCGUCAGGCUUCAACACGACCUUUUCGAGAGCUAGCUCGUUUAAGCUGAACAAUCUGCAGGUGAGGUCAGACAACCGACACGAUGAUACAAGAGACGAUAAUGAUGAAGAACGAAGUGAUAGCAGGGACAAUGACGACAGGUACAAUAACAAACACACGCGCGUGAGCGACGACGAAGAGGACGAGGACGACGUGGACGACCUGCCGAUGUUCAAAAAGAGUAAGAGUAAAGCACACUUUGGGACGGUCUCGUACAUAAACCUGGAACGACAGAACCUGGAAAACGACCUAUUCGAGUUCAAUGAAUACGAGGCGGCGCCGGAGCUGGAGGAAAAACGGUACCUGAACUGCAUCAGCAAGGAGGACGAGUGCAUGGUUAACCUGGCGAACGAAAGCGGAUACCUGGUGGUCAACAGGACAAAGGAACGAAUCAUGGUUAACUGUAACGGAAACUUCGUAAACUACGACGUCGUCGGAGUCAACGAGUUCACGAGCAGCAGGAAGAGAAUGUCAGUGGUGGUGACGAACCUGUGCAACGACGAAAACUACCUGUACGUCAAGGGCGAGGGGAGCACAAUGCUCUCGUGCAUAAAGGACGGGGCAGUGAGAGCCUCAGUGGACAGCAGAAUCAAGAAAAACUCGCUCUUCGGAUACAGAGUUAUCGUAUGCGGGUACAAGAGUCUGACGUCGACGGAGCUGCUGGACUACCAGGCGCAGGUGUCAGCGCACACAGCAGCACUUGACGAAAAGUACCUGAAUAAGCUGGAAGACGACAUAGAGUACCUGGGCAUCAUCAUGUUCCGCGACGAGAUACAGAGGGACAUAACGAGCGCAAUAGACCUGCUGAUGGACGCAGGCAUCAGGAUCUGGGUGCUGACUGGGGACAACAAGGAGUCCACAAUACAGACCUGCUACCUCACGAAGCUGCUUAACGUGCCCACGCGGCUGUUCAACGUGCAGUUUCUGUUCGACGCAGUGAACCCCUACGACCCGGAAGGGUACGCCCAGGAAAAAAGUGACCAGGCGGAGAAGAGGUACGACGCAGUCUGCGACAACAUCUACAACAAGUUCCUGAUAGAAAAGAGCAACAGGAACAGCGAGCAGAUGUGUCUGGUGAUAGAAAGCAGGGACCUCGACGAGAUGAUGCGCAGCGCGAAGGGGCAGAACAUACUGGUGAACAUGGCGUGCUCCGCAGACGUGGUCCUGGGAUGUCUGCUCACGCCGGUGCAGAAGGGACGCCUGGUACAGCUGGUGCGCUCGAAGCUGGUGCCCACGCCGAUAACGCUGGCGAUCGGGGACGGGAUCAACGACAUUCACAUGAUGCAGCACUCGCACAUAUCGAUUUGCCUGCAGCCGUCGAACGACAACAGGUUCGCGCACAUGGACGACGGAAUGGGACUUGGCCCUGAAGGAGACUCGCACAGUGCAACGGACAUGGCCAGAGGCGGCACGAACGUGAGCGGCUUUGAAGGCGGCGACGCCAGCGAGAGCACGCUGGACAAGGCGGAGAGUGCGAAGAGCAGGGCGGAGCAGGAAAACCUGCUGCAUCACAACAACCUCAUCGACAGCCACGAGCUGCACCGCGACGACUGCGCCUACAAGAGCGAGAACUACUUCGUGCGGGCUCAGAAGAAGGUCAUCAGCAACGACGUUAUCGGCUACUGCGACUUCUGCAUCGACAACUUCAGCAACCUCACGAACCUGCUGUUCCUGCAGGGCACGAGGAUUCUGAGGGCGAUGUCGCUGGUGAUAUACUUCACGCUCUUCAAGAGCCUGAUUCUGAUGCUCCCGCUCUUCUACUACCAGAUGUUCACGAACUGGUUUGGGCUGGACCUGUACGGGUCCUUCAUAAACAUAGUCUACAACCUGGUCUUCACGCUGCUGCCGCUGGUGUUCGUCGUGCUGUUUCACCAGGACGUGAACAGCGACUUGUACAGGCGUCUACCGAUAUUGUACACUCUGAGUCGAAGGAGGAUAUACCUCAACAUGACGAACAGCGUUUUCUGGAUUGCGGAGGGCGUAAUCGGCUCCCUCGUCACUUACUUCCCCCUGCACAUGCUCGUCGUGAGCAACGACAACGUCUUCAAGACGGAAAUCAUAACCAACAGGACGUUUGGGCUCAUCGUCAGCGUCGCCUCGAUAAUCAUUUUUAACACGCGGCUGCUGGUGACCUACACGCCGAACAGCCUGUUGCUGAGGGCGCUGAGUGUGGGCUACUUCUUCCUGUCGGUUCCCACGUACCUGGGCCUGACGUUCGUGUCAGGAAAGCGCGCGCUGGGAAUAUCCUCGUUCCAAGUGAUUCGGGUCGUGCCCUUUUACCUGCUCGUGCCGGUCUGGGUGACCUUCACUGUUGUCGUUGGCAUUCUGUCGAACAUGCUGCAGAUGUACCUGCUGCCCAGUUUGACGAAGUACCUCAAGGCAUACCUGAACAAGAUUAGGGAGACGACCAUGGGAGAUUUGAGAAAUGUGUUCAACUUGUACGGAAACAACAUUGUGAAGAACAUGAUUCCGACGUCGCGGCCCUUCAAGAUCAAGAGCGUGGCGCACAUGCACAUGAACAAAAAUAAGCACAAGGACCACUUCAGGACUCUCAUCAACGUCUACACGCUCCGCUUCAAGGACAUUCAGCUUGAGAACGACUAUAAGCUCGACAAGAACAAGAAGCAGUACUACGAGAACGGCCACUGGUACAAGGUGGUUUUCAUUCUGCUCCUGCUGUUCUAUAUCGGCGGGUACCUGAUAGAGUACUUCGUGCAGAAGGCCUGGCUGAAGCCGCCGCCGCUGUACUCGAUGGUGCCGACGCUGCUGCUGUCCUGCGUGCUCGUAGUGUGCAUCAUCGUGUCGUUUAACCACAGGCUCUUUAUAAGGUUUAUAAAUCAAAUUCUUUACUCUUUGGUCAUAUUUAUGAUAUUGCAGCACGUGGCAAACAGGUUUUUGGUGAAGUCGAUUUCGUGGCUCCAUCCCGUUUUGUUUCCGAUAUUUACGUUUGUGAUUUUGAGGCUGUCCUUCGUGUUAUCAGUGAUCAGCAAUGUUCUUUUCUUCAUAGGUACCGUUGUGGCUGUGACUGACAACAUCCACGUGCUCCCGCUGUUCAUUGGCAUUAACAUUUUCGUCGGGUUUGUAGGAUAUGAGCUCGAGUUCAAGUCGCGCAAAAACUUCAUCAUGGAGUUCUCAGUUCUAAAUUACCGAAAGAAGCAGAGUGAGCUGCUCAACACAAUGCUUCCUAAGACGGUGGUGUCGAAGAUGAUCAACGCGAAGCUGAAUGAAAACGGUAUCCCGGUGGGCUUUGAGGCGGAGAGCCACCAUAACGUCUGCGUCAUCUUCGCAGACGUAUACAACUUCCAGAACCUGGUUGCCACGACGGAGCCUCAUAAGCUCGUAGAGAUUAUGGACAGCCUGUUCCUGUCAUUUGACAGAUGCUCAAAGGAGUUUGACGCGGUUAAGAUUGAGACUGUGUCGGAGACGUAUCUGACGUCGAUUGGGUUGAAUCACCGCACCAACUCCUCAAGCAUUGAACUUAUAUUAACCACUAAUACUGAGUUACGGUGUUUUAGUGAGACCGCCAACGGACUUAAGGACUCGAUGGACGAACUGGAACGCGGAAAGGCGGCAGCCUCGCUGGCAAUUGACAUGGCAAUCGCAAUGUUGCAGGUCGCAUCAACAAUGAAGAUAAACAACAAUGAAUCGAUUGGGGUGAAGAUCGGAAUAAACACGGGGUACGUGAUCUCGGGGCUCGUGGGAGCGAAGAAGCCGCAGUACGCGCUCUUCGGGGACACCGUCAACACGGCCAGCAGAAUGAAGAUGACUGGAGAGGUGGGGAAAAUUCACAUAUCGGAGAGCACGUAUGAGCUUCUGAAGGACGACAGGACGCUGGAGUUCACCUCGAGGCAGACGCAGGUGAAGGGCAAGGGGCUUAUGAACACGUACUUGCUGGAGAAGGCCAUAGGCACAAACUACCCGAACUUCAGCAGUGGAAGCACGAUUCACGAGGUGGACAUUUACUACAACCUGAUGAAGAACCGGGGCACCAAGGGCGCGGGCACCGGGUCCCUUAGGACGCUCAGCCAUAGCGCCCAGAGUCACAGCAGCUCCGAUGAGGCGGAGGAUGAGGCCUUGCUGAGCAACGAGAGGGACAUGGAGCGCAUAAGGAACCGGAGAAUCAACAUCAACAGGGCCGUCGGCAACGAGGAGGACGAGGUGGCGAGUUUCGCCUACGAGCCCAUGUACACGAGCAACUUCGGCGCCAGCCUCGUCGAGAGCGCCACGUGCUUCGACAACCCCUUCUCUCGGGGCUCGAACCCGCUGAGCAGGAGUCAGCACAGGCUCAGAAAGGGUCUGACGAUGGGUACGUUCGCGUUGACUUACCAUUUUUCAGGCCGCAGGACCUUCAGCAUUGCGAGCGCCAGGGCCCAAAAGCGCCUGAUGCGGUCGAACACUGUGUCUCACGGGAGUCACAGGAGCGACUUGAGGGGUAAGUACGACUCUGGGCUCUGUAACAAGGAGGUCGACGGAAUUCAGAUGAAAAGGACUGAGACCAUAUUCCUCAAGUUCAGGGACAAGCUUCAGGAGGACCGCUACAGGAACAACUUUUACAACAGUCCUGCCAAUGUUGAGGUCAACGAGUACGCUCUGUUUAUAUUUUUGAUAACGUUCAUCGUUCAAAGCAUAAUAAACAUUAACAUUCCCCGAAUUUACCACAAGGACGGCAUCAAGCUCAUCAUUUUUCUAAACUACAUUCUUUAUUGGACUGUGAGGUGUUUUUUCAUACUGAUUUCUUUCUGUCUGUGGCUCCUCUUCCACUACCGCUUCUUCAGCAGGGAUGACCAUAACAAGGUGAUAAAGCUGUUUACUUUUUUCUUAAAUCUUCUCUUUGUGAUGGCCACCUGUGUGUUUGCUCUUUCGAAUUCAUGGUCUAUCAAGAGGACUGAGGAGGUUGAUGGAAAUUUGUGGCUCACCAGCGACAGCAUUGAGUUCUACUUUUACCUCAUUCUCUUACACCACAGCACUGGGAUGCUCUUUCAGAACUGUCUGCUGAUUGACGCACUGUUCCUCGUCAUGUCGAUGACUUUCAUAUCGUCCAGUGUGCAGUCGACGAGCACCACUGUCACCGCCCUGUUUACCAUACCCAUUUGCGUUUUAUUCAACUUGUUGUCUGCUCAUUGCAAGGAAUCGAUUGACAGGAAGACUUUUUUUACCAACGAAAAGGCGUACAUGAUCGAGACCAGGAUAAACCAGAUUUUGAACGAGAUGCUUCCCAAGAGCAUUUUGGAGGAGUUUAAGCAGGAGAAGCUUAAGAUGAGCUACGUGCACAACAACAUGUCCUUUCUCUUUUCUGACAUCUGCGGGUUCACCAGCUGGGCCAACUCCGUAGACCCUUCCGAGGUCAUUGCCUUGUUGCAGAAGUUGUUUGCCAACUUUGACAGGAACACCACGAACUUCAAUUUGUACAAGCUGUGUACCAUAGGCGAUGCCUACGUUGCUAUUUCUGAGCCCUAUCUCACUAACACCAAUGACAUGAGGCUCAACGACCUGUUAAACAUACUUCAAAUGGCAUAUUCCAUGUUGCACAUCAUUCAGGAGACCCGCGAACUGUUCAACAUUCCGGACCUAAACAUGAGAAUUGGACUACACUACGGCAGCUGCAUCGGGGGAGUCAUUGGCUCUGGGCGUCUGAGGUACGACGUCUGGGGAACCGACAUCUACACUGCGAAUAUGAUUGAGAGCAACGGGAUUCCGGGGAAGGUGUGCGUCUCGGAGUCCCUAAAGGACAUUCUUUCGACCAACUUUCCCAAUAGGUUUUCCUUCAAGUUCCACAAGGACGUAAAUGUGAUUGAUAAAGUUAUCAAGAGUUAUGUAAUCGAAUAUGAUUCAAGGGAGAAUUUUUAA